CCCUAGUUGACAAAAUCUUGUCCAAGAUUCUGUGGUCCUUUAGAAUCGAGUCAGUAGGUUUGUUAGUCAGGGGGAGUAGAGUCUUAGUGGUGAGGAAUGGAACCAUUGUCUAGUUGUGCACCUAUCACCAUGGUUGACACCCGUAGUGGGAAGAGUACUGCCCCUCAAUCCGAGGCCGAGCAGGCCCGGAUCGCCGCCACUUUGAGAGAGAGAAAAAAGAAGAAAGAGCUCCUUAGGCAGGCGAAGAUGAAGGCCAUUGAGGAGGAGCAGGCGGUGAAGAAGAAGAAGUUGGAGGAGGAGCUGAGAAGACUUCAACAAGAGGAGGAGAAGAAGAAGGUUGCUGAAGAAGAAGUGGCAGCCGAAGAGGAGGAAGAGGAAGAAGAACCCCUCGAAAGGAGGUGUACGGGGGGAAGAGGGGAAAGCGGUGGCACGAAGGAGGAAGAUCCGUGGAUUGACAAAAAGAUUAGUGAGUGGGUAGCGAAUUUAAGUUUGGGAGAAGAAAAGGAGGUGAUGUUAUAUGUUACGCAGGAAGAGAAGGAUGCUGUAGUUAGGGAAUUUGAGGCAAUGACCAAUCCCUUGGACCGCCAGGCGCUAGAGAAUGAAAAGAAGCUAGAGUGGAAACUGCGUCUGGCAAGGGAGAAGAAAAGGAGGGAGGAAGCCAGCCGGAUGGCAAAGGAGAUGGAGAAGGUGCAUUCCUGUAGGAGGGAAGUAGAAGCCCGACAGGAUAUUCAGGCUAAGUUGGAUAAGAUUCUGAGUAGCAUAGAGAUUUUGGGUCAGGCUUGGACCGAGCAGCAAUUAACCAGCCAGGGCCAAGAUAUGGCCCUGCACUCUGUUCGAUUGGGUUUUCGAGACUUCGCGCGCGAUAUUGUGACUCAUAUGGGGUCACAGUUCCAAAGACUGAAAGAGGGUGCAGAAAAAUACUGCACCGGCGCCUUGGAAGGCGCUAAAGCUAUAGCCGCCGCUGAGACUGAGGCUAGACCCCGCAAGGAACCGGUAAAGCUAAAGUUCCGAGACGCGUAUGGCGGAACGCACGAAGAGAAUUUCGAUAAUUGGGAGGCUAGCGUGAAUAGUUAUGUCUACCUACAACACAUUGUGCAGAACGAACAAGUCUUAGUAGCCUUCCAUGCCCUGAAGGAUGAAGCGGCUAGCUUUGCCAGAUCCCUCGCGUGUGCGGCCAGUUGUGAGAACAACAUGGUCGCAUACUCCAAAGUCACCACCCUCCCUCAGUUCCUCAAGCUCCUCAGGGAGCGAUUUGCUGAUCUCAAAAGGGGCGUUAAGGCCUCUGAUAAACUCCAAACUAUCCACUCACGACAGUGGAGGAGUGCGCGAGCACUCAAAGCGGAUAUGGACGAGCUACUAGCCGUCCCGGACCAUGGGGUCACUGAGGCCCAAAUGGUCCAACUUUUCUAUCGUGCCAUGCCAGAGCCCUUACGAGGGCAUUUCUUUGACAAAAGCCAACAGCCCACCAUGACGUACGACGCAUUGAGUAGAGAGGUGGUGCUGUACGAAGCAAAGUCCAUGCCAGUGUCCACUUUCUGGCAUAAGGGGAAAAUGUGGAAAGGGCGUACCAUCUCUAGCCACGUUAGGGCCAAAGAUCAUAUGAUCCUCACGUUAGAAGAAGGUGGUACUGAGUGGGGACUCGAGGAGGAGGACGGUGGCGUGGACCAGGGGAGGACCUAUGCUGCUGUCGCGGCUGGAGGGAGGCCGCAAGGUAGAGGGGGCCAGGGCCAAAGGGGCCAGGCCUAUGGUGGCCGAGGACAGGGCGCGCAGGGGGUUGGCAGCCAAAAGGGCCGUCAAGAGGGAGGUAGGGGUCAAGGUCCCCUGCCAAAUCGUCAGGGUUCCUAGUCGGUCGCCACAGCGACGAGGUGGAGGAUCACCUCAAAGGAGAGGAGGAUGGCACCCAAGCUUGCCACAG